AUGGAGCCUACCACAGUUGUCGGCUGCGUGGCUGCCUUGACAGAUCUCUUCGCCGAGGGCGCGGGGCAUUACACGGCGUGGAAAAGAAAGAGAUCACGCCAGAAUCACUACAGACGAUCAGGCCCCCCUGGCCAGAAGGCCGUCGUCACCUGUGCUCUGAGCACAUCCCUCGAUGCCGCCGAAACCCAGAUCAAGGAGGCGUAUGACAUUGCCUUCUCCAUUAUUGGUUCCGACUUCUCCAUGGGCGAUGGAACAUGUCGAGACCUGCUUUGUAACCAGCUCUUCAACCUUCAGAGCCGCGUCUCCCAUCUUCGUCGCGCCACCGACGCCUCGUGCUUGACUGCCACUCUCAACAUCUCCGACCUCCUCCAAACAUCCGAGUCCAUCCGCAUAGCCUCCGUGAAGGCGUUGUCGGAUCUAUACUCCCGUGUCGCAUCCGGACUCGAUGUUCCCAAAGACCUUCCAGUGCCAAAGCCCCGAUCGCGGCAAAGUGGUUUGCUAUCCCGACGGUCCGGUAGUUUCACCGACCGCAGCCAAGAUUCCAUCGACGAUGACGACGAUGGCAGGACGACAACGGUCUUGACCAUCCGCACCGAUCAACCUCGCUUCCAAUCCGAGCCGCCAUCGCCGCCACCGACUCCCCCAGACUCGAAACCCACCGCCAGCGAUUCAGCUUCUGUUGUCGCCCCGUCUGCUUGGGCGUCCUCCGAAGCAGAUGGGAGUGGCGGCACUACGGCUCUUUGCCCGAAAGUCAGCGUCUUCAGCAUGUUCUGUCCGGAGGCCAUGGUCCUCCAAGUCGACCUCUCCAAGCCCGUCCCAAAAGAGAAAAGGUGCAUUUGCGGUUACCGUUGGAAGCCGACCCUACCCGAAAAGCAGGAUUUCAUCCUUCUCAAGGACGGGUUCAGGAUGUCGAGUCGUUUUCUCGCCAAGUCACACUCCGACAAGGACGCUUUCGGCUGCAUUCUCUGUGUAUCGAGCGGCAAGACGGAGACGUACGACUCGCCGCAGUCGUUAUGUGCACACAUCAACGCCUCACACACAAAGUGGCAGAUGCUCCACGAACGAGACAUCUCCUAG